UUAUCUUGACGAAAAGUAAAGUAGAAAAGUUCAACUUUCGUCAGACCUUUGACGGUCGUCGCAAUAUUAGCCAAUAAAUUCAAAUGAAUUUUCAGAUUGGUUGUCAACGUAUCUCCAAGUUGAAUGGAUUGAGAUAAAUAGAAGAAGAAAGUCACUCCUCAAACAGCAUUAUACCGUUUAUUUUGAAGCUCAAGAUCUGUGGCACACGCUUCUACCAAUCGGAACUGCUUUUACCGCGCUAUUACACUUAUUUGGGCGAAAGUUUGCCUUUUUUAUGAAAAAACGGUGAGACGGAAGCCAGCUUUCGUUCACCGGGGAAUUAAUAUAUCUUAAAAAACACCCUGAUAUCAGUUUAACGAUUUCAACGGGAAUCCCAACGCUGGUCUUUUUGGAGUUGUUUAAUUUAUUGAUUUCCUCCCAAACUUCCAAGGGAUUGACAUUUUUGAAUUCAUUUAAUUUGUUUCCAGUCCUGUAUGUUUUACUUUGACGAUACAUGGAUUACGUUAACGUAUAUGAAUUCACCGUUAACACAACAACACAACAUGAAGCUGCAAUUUUGACGUCACCAAAAGGAGUACGACAGUUUACUGAUCUGACGUAAUUGCGAUUUGCAUGUCGUGCCUUCAUUUCUUUCAAACCAUGUCGUGAGGAUCGUAAACAACGACAUACUUUGGCAUAAUGGCAGAUGUCCCCAAAGUAGACAGCCGAUUCGAUAAAUCUUUGAAACAGAAUCUUCACCACUCCUUUGUAGAGCUAGAGAGCUUUACGAGAAUUGAUAAUGGUUUCAAGUGGGUGGAAAGAGCCCGCUGGAUAAAAUUCGAAGAAGAUGUCGAUAAUGUGACAAACCAAUGGUGCCAGCCGUAUGUACCAGUGCUAUCGCUGAAAGCGGUAUCCGAGCUCAAGGCAUGUCUUCGGAAUGGAUCUGUUUGCAUUGGACUGCAGGAUUCAUGCAUGAUGUCCAUAUCUAGAACAAUCGUUCGUAAGAUGCUGGAGCGCCAUCUUAUAGCUCCUGAAAAUGCAAGUCAUCUUGAAAGUGUUCUUAUGGCAAAGCACAAGCACGUCAGAAAAAAAGCUGACCCCCCGAAUCUUGGUCAAAAAUGGUUGUCUGCAGUGCGUGGAAAAUAUCCUUCUUCAAGAAGAAAUACGAUUGUUUCAUUGGAGCUGCAAUCGGUUUACAACAUGCCAACUGUAAUCGAAGAAAAUGAAUCUUCUUCAUCCGCACGCAGUGGUAGAGCUAAGUUAGUUGACAUCACAAGUAAACUGCCGUCAAAUACAGAAGUCACGACGAUACUUACAGCAACUUUCGACUUCAUCAAGCUACCGAUGGCCAUCUUCAUUAAAUUGAAAGAAGCUGCACAUUUCGAUAAUUUGAACGAAGUUUCAUGGCCUGCUCGUUUUAUCUGUUUCAUUGCCGGGCCUCCACAUGAAGAUAUUGCUGACUACUUUCAAAUCGGUCGCUGCCUUGGCACUCUGAUGUCCAAUUCCCAGUUUCUCACUCUUGCAUAUUUUUGCGAGGUAGAGGAAGAUCUUCUCUCUGGCAUCGAUCGAUUUCUUGAUGAAAGUGUCGUUGUGGGUGCCGGGGAUUGGACAAAACAGAAUCUCAUUCAAUCAGUGCCCAGAUGGGAAAAGAAUUUCCCGAAUAGAGGAGGAGCUACCCAUGCUGAUAAAGUCAAGAGAGGAGCAACAUUUGCUCUACAGUCCGGGAUUGUCGGGUCAAAGGACCGGGCACAUCCACUGAGCCGUACAGGUAAAUUGUUCGGCUGUCUCUACAACGACAUCAAACGCAAAGUGAGGUUUUACAUCAGUGAUCUCGUUCCCGUCUUUGAUGUACAUUGUUUAGCUGCAGUUCUAUUCAUAUAUCUCUCUGCACUAGCACCAUGCAUAACCUUUGGAGGUCUGCUCUCUGAGAACACAAACGGACAAAUUGGGAUUUCCGAGAUGAUAAUAGCAACUGGAAGCUCUGGUAUCCUAUAUUCUCUUUUUUCCGGACAGCCUCUGCUGGUAGUUGGAGCAACUGGGCCUAUGUUGAUAAUGGAAUCCAAAAUAUACGAGCUAGCAAACAUGAUGGAACUUGAAUUUUUGCCAUGGAGAGCUUGCAUCGGCAUUUGGACAGUGAUAAUUUGCUUGGCUUUCGUUGCCUUUGACCUGUGUGGAUUGAUACGACAGGUAACUCGUUUCACAGAAGAAAUAUUCGCCGUACUUGUGUCUCUCAUAUUCAUACAGAAGGCUGUAUCGUUCAUAGUUCAAACGUUCAUUGAUCAUCCAGUGGGGGAACAUGUUCCACCAAAACAUUGUUUACAUAUUGACCAUGUUUUGAACAGGACUGUACUGCUAGACAAUGCGACGUUUCAUUUGGUGAAAGAGAACUAUACCACUGUCGCCAAUCCUGAUCAGAGGCAUCCAUGCUAUUCACUCAUGACGGCGAUUCUUAUAAUUCUUACGUUCUUCUUCGCGUUAUACAUCAGAAAGGUGCGCAGUAGCAUGUAUUUCCCGGUGAAGAUUCGUCGCAUCAUUAGCGAUUUUGGAGUUAUCCUCUCUGUUUUCACCGUUGUCUUGAUUGACCAUACCUUGUCCGACAAUUUCACGAAAAAACUAAGUAUAAAGCAGGACCACUUUGUCAGGAAAUGGUUUGUAAAUCCGUUCGGAGAGAGCACGACAAUGGGCAUCGGUUACGUUUUUUUGGCCGUGAUCCCAGCCUUUCUGGUCAGUAUUAUUCUUUUCAUAGAGACAGGAAUAACAGGGGUAAUGCUCGACAAAAAAGAACAUAAAUUCAAAAAGGGAUUUGGCUACCACCUAGAUCUGCUUGUUGUUUCCAUGCUAGUAGGCGCUGGUUCCUUACUGCGCUUGCCCUGGAUCUGCACAUCUCCGGUCAAUUCACUGUCCCACUUCCACACGUUGACGGUGCUGAGCUCCGACCAUGCCCCCGGCACCAAUCCAUACAUCGUCGAAGUUAAAGAACAGAGACUUACCAACAUUAUUAUCCACGUGCUCAUUGGAAGCUCCCUCCUGCUGGCACCAAUGCUUGAGCGGAUUCCAGCAGCAGUUUUAUAUGGAGUGUUUCUCUAUGUUGGCUUUACAUCGCUUUCAAGGAUGGAGUUCAUUCACCGGAUGCAGUUGCUUCUAAUACCGUAUAAACUGCAUCCUGACACACGCUUUGUGCGCAAAGUAAAAACACUAAAAAUUCAUUUGUUCACGUUGAUUCAGCUAUUUUGCGUGGUCCUGCUGGCCGUUAUUAAGGAAACCCAACUUGCUGCUAUUUUCCCAUUUUUGAUUCUAUGCCUGGUUCCUCUAAGAAAGUGUUUGAGAGUUUUCUUCAGCGAAGAAGAGUUGGAAGACCUUGACAACCCAGAAGACGAGGAUGAACUUGCAGUGUCAGAGGAGUUUGAGAUUGCUCAUGUUUCAGUGCCAUUUUGAAUUUGAAGCGGAACUGAUUUUAUUUCAUGUAAUUUGGUUUAAGAAAAAUCUGAUGGUUGCAAGAGAGGCUGCUAAUUUGGUUACUGUUUUUUCAAGAUUCGUUUCACGCUCAAUGAAUACAUUUAUGGCGCAAAACAGAACAUAGGAAUUAUUGCUAGCACUUUUUUAAAGCUUUGUAACCUCUAACAUGAACAAGGAAUGGUUGAAUCCCCGUCCAUGCGCAAUGUGAGGUCGGAUCCACCAAGAGAAAAUAUAUUUUUGUCAAUGACAACAAACCAUAGGAAAGGCACCCUAAGAAAUGUAUAAAAAAUAAGGGUCAUGAAACUUAAUUACAUUUCGAAAACAACGUAAUUUUUGUAUAAUAUUUCACGACAUGCCGAAAUAAAUUAUUACAAGAGCCUAGAUAUUGAAAAAAAAUCAAAAAUGCUUUGGAAAAGUGCUAGGCCAUAUAAUCAUAUCUCUAUGAUGGAAACACAGUAUCAAAAAAUUCAUACCAGCCGAUAUAAAAUAUCUGCGAAGGAAAUCAACACACCCGAACUGAACUCUGACCGGCGUUAGUUUCAAACCGUUCUGAGAGUUUAAAACCGGCUUAAAUUUCUCAUGCGAAGGACCUUUGAUUUUCUUGCAGGCCUCCCACCAUUCGUUUGUAAAUUUUAUUUAGGAUCUUUUGCAAAGGUUUUAGAUAAAAAGAAGAAGUCGUGCAAUUGUUUUGAAAUAUCGCUUGGAAAUGAAUGCGUGAUUCUUUAGAUACAUAUCUGUGGAUCUUAUAGUACUAGACCAAGGAACCAACAAGGGAUAAACUAAGAUUACUAGGGACAAUACAAUUACUAUGGAACCAAAACUAAAUGCUAUAAACACAAGUCAGACUAAACUUAAAACUAACGUUAAGAUAAUUAAUGAAAUGACUUAGGCACUUGUCACCGACCAUCCCGUUUAUCGGAUUAAAACAAUGCUAUAAGCAGUGGCGGAUUUAAGGGGGGGGGGCAGUUGGG